AUGCCUGUAAGCCAUCGGCCUGAUUUUGAAACAUUCCGUAAGGAGUCCUCCGUGGAUCGCAACCAAGGAACGAAAAACCGGGGAAGUUUUCUCUGGCCGUACAUCAACCAAGAGGAUCUCCUGAGCAAAAAGACGCUGCCGUUGCUUCUCAAUGCUUGCGGUCAUUACCCCCCGUCGCAUUUUGCGGCGGCUGAUAACCGGGCCAUUCACUUGGGACUUGUCACCAAAUCCAUCGUCCCCAUUUUUUUGAACGAACAUGUCAUGAUUCUGCACGGAGUGAAUGGCAAUACCCGGGACAAUGGGCGACUCGUGGAUUGGGAUGAAGAGCCAGAGGCGUUUGACUGGAUGGUACAACGCAAACAAUUUCUUUCGGGAGAGGGUCUCAUCAUCUUGGAGAUUCAAAGGCGAUUUCUUGAGUUUCUAAUUGAUUGCUCCUUGCAGCUUCUUCAUGACAUCACCCCAUCCACUGUCACUAGUGAUGAGUUCCCUACCCUAGCUGAGCCACCACUCAAGACUGAUCAAGAGAUCAACGGAUUCGAGUCCUUGGGGGUGAUGGUAGCGGAAGCCCCAUAUCGAGUGCCUGAAAAACUAUAUUUAUCUCAGAUGGAGUCCCUGUCAUCGGCUAGAGCAUCGGCAGCGGAGGGUCACUAG